AUGUAUUUAAAAGAGGGAUUAGAUAAAAGAAAUGACACAAUUACAUAUUGGAAAGAAAAUAGUACUGUAUAUCCAACAUUGUAUUCAAUUGUAAGAAAUGUACUUUCGGUUGCUUCUUCAUCUGUUAAAAUAGAAAAAACCUUUUCUGGUGUCCAAUUGUUUUUAACUAACCCAGAAUUGGCUUUGAAUAGAAUGGAACAAUGUCUUUUAUUAAGAGAAUGGGCCACUGUUUCAAGGAUAGAUAUUGUCGAAAACUCUAUCAUUAAUGAUUAUUUAAAUAUAUCUAAAAUAGAAUGA